CCCCGGAAGUGGUGUUUGUUGUUGUUUCCCCGUGAGGAGAGAAGCCGUUAGCUGAAUCCAGAUCAGGGAAUCCCAAACAGCGUUUGUUAGUUUGUUGAUCAGAGAUGGAGCGACACCGGGAACACACGGAGGAGACCAAGCUGCGGGGAGAAGCUUUACCUCCAGAUGUUCUGGAAGUGAUUGUUGGUGAAGAGGAGCAGCAGGAGUGUAGCUCCAGUGUGGACCAGCAGGAGCCAGAGCCCCCCCCACACAUUAAAGAGGAACAGGAGGAACUGUGGAGCAGUCAGGAGGGAGAGCAGCUUCAAGGGCUGGAGGAGGCUGAUAUCACCAAGUUCCCAUUCACUCCUGUCCCUGUGAAGAGUGAAGAUGAUGAAGAGGAAGCUCAGUCCUCACAGCUUCAUCAGAGACAAACUCAACACAUGGAAACAGAAGCUGAUGGAGAGGACUGUGGAGGACCAGAACCAGCCAGGAACUCACAUCCACUUUUACAACCAGAGACUGAAGACCAGACUGGAGACUCUUCUGAACCUGAGACUGAUGACAGUGCUGAUUGGAAGGAGACCAGAGAACCUCAGUCAGCUUUAAACUCUCUGAAACAUGAUUCAAGAUGUAAGAAAACAUUCAGCUGCUCUGAGUGUGGGAGGAGAUUUGGCUUCAAGACAACUCUAAAAAGACACAUGAGAAUCCACACAGGAGAAAAGCCUUUUAGCUGCUCUGAGUGUGGUAAAGCUUUCACUGAUAGUGGAAACAUGAAGAAACACAUGAUGACUCACACAGGAGAAAAACCUUUCAUCUGCAGUGUUUGUAAUAAAUCUUUUACACAUAGUGGAAGUUUACAGAAACACAUGAGAACUCACACAGGAGAAAAACCUUUUAGCUGCUCUGAGUGUGGUAAAGAUUUCACUGUAAGUGUAAACCUGAAGAAACACAUGAUGACUCAUUCUGGAUUAAAACCUUUCAGCUGCUCAGUCUGUAAGAAAUCUUUUACACAGAGUGGAAAUUUACGGUUGCACAUGAGAAUCCACACAGGAGAGAAGCCUUUUAGCUGCUCUGAGUGUGGUAAAGCUUUCACUGAUAGUGGAACCCUGAAGAAACACAUGAGAACUCACACAGGAGAAAAACCUUUCAGCUGCUCAGUCUGUAAGAAAUCUUUUACAGAAAGAGGAAGUUUACGGACACACAUGGCAGUCCACACAGGAGAGAAAAGAUUCAGCUGCAGUGUUUGUAACAAAAGAUUUGCCUGGCGUUCUGAUGUCAAAACACAUAAAUGUGUUGGUCAGACUGGAGACUCUUCUGAACCUGAGACUGGUGACAUGGAAUAACGUUGGUGCCUUUAAGUCCAAGCUAAACUCCUCAAGUAUCAAACAAAAAUCUUUAUGUAUCAACAUCUAGAUAGAAGACAUUAUAUUGUGUGGUAGGAAAAAGUACACUCUUAUUUUAAAUAUUUUAUUAGAUAUUCUUUUGUCUUGUAAUGUCUGUCAUAUAAUCAAGAAAUCAGACAAAUGUAACCACCUGAUAUUUUAUAGGACCCACACAUAUAUUCACUUCUUUCUAAGUAACGUAUGAUUAGCAAGAUUCACUAUUAAUCAUGUAUCAAUAUGGGAGUUUAUUCAAUAUACAUUGGGUUCAUGUUUUAAUUUGGUGUAUCAU